AUGAGACUGAUAUAUGCUGGGCUUCUAGCCCUUUAUGCUCUCCUCAGCAGCGGCCACGAAAUUCUCUCCAUUCCGACUUGGGCUCCAGUAUCUGCCGACUCUCCUCCCCUAAAUAAUGCUGGAUAUCGUGUCGAGACUUUCGGGGGAGGUGCCUACAUGGUGACAGAUAAUCAAUACAACUCCCUCUUCUUCGUUUCCACCUACGGGGUGAUUGUUGUUGACGCACCCCCCACCAUCGGCCAUAACAUCGCCUAUGCGAUUGGUAACGUCACUGAUAAGCCCGUUACGCAUUUUAUUUAUAGCCAUUCACACUCGGACCACGUGGGUGGCGCAUACCUAUUCCAGAAUGUAACCCGCAUCGCGCAUACCUACACUAAAGGGCUACUUGCCGCAGUUCCAACCUCAAAUCAACCCCUUCCCGAGAUCACAUUUAUGGACAAAUAUACUCUCCACAACGGCAAUCAAACCCUUAAGCUCUCAUACAAAGGGCCUAACCAUGAACCCGGGAACAUUUUUAUUUAUGCACCUAGGCAGAAGGUGCUCAUGCUUGUCGACGUUGUCUUCCCUGGAUGGGCGCCUUUUGCGUAUCUCGCGUUGGCGGAAGAUAUCCCGGGCUUCAUCCAUGCACACGACCAGAUCCUCGAGUACAAAUUCGACCACUUUGUGGGCGGACAUCUAACUCGGUCGGGCGACCGCGCCGACGUGCUAGCGCAACGCGACUACAUCGCAGACCUGAAAACCAACUGCGCCAAUGCCAUCAUUCUCAGUGCUCAACCGCCGAACGCAUCGAACCCCAUCUCUGCCCAAGAGAUGGUGCCAGCGGCGCUCCAAGCGAACCCAGGAAAUCCAUGGGCUGCGUUCAAGGUUUACCUGGACAACGUGGCGGAUUAUUGCAACAAUGUAACGAACCAAAAAUGGGUAGGACGGCUAUCAGGCGUGGAUGUUUGGGGACCAGAGAACGCAUUCGCAAUGGUUGAGUCUCUGAGACUUGACUUUGAUGUCUUGGGACCGUUCGACGUGACCAAGUAA